UGUCUGCAAGCAAAGAUGGCGGUGCGGAAGAAAGACGGCGGCCCGAAUGUAAAAUAUUUCGAAGCGUCUGAUACCGUCUCUCAGUUUGAUAAUGUCCGCGUGUGGCUGGGAAAGAAUUACAAAAAGUACAUCCAGGCCGAGCCCCCCACCAACAAGUCCCUGUCCAGCCUGGUGGUCCAGCUUCUCCAGUUUCAGGAGGAGGUGUUCGGUCGACAUGUUAGCAACCCUCCGCUCACCAAACUGCCGAUGAAGUGUUUCCUUGACUUCAAGUCAGGGGGGGCUCUCUGCCACAUCCUGGCUGCUGCCUACAAGUUCAAGAGUGACCAAGGAUGGCGCAGGUUUGACUUCCAGAAUCCGUCGAGGAUGGAUCGAAAUGUGGAGAUGUUCAUGACCAUCGAGAAGUCCUUAGUGCAGAACAACUGCCUGACAAGACCUGUCAUCUACCUGAGCCCUGACAUAGAACCAAAACUGCUCGGGAAACUAAAAGACAUCAUCAAAAGACAUCAGGGCUCGGUGACUGAGGACAAGUCCUCCAGCUCCCAUGUUGUUGUCCCUAUUCCUGCCAGUCUGGAGGAAGAGGAGUGGGUGCGUCCCGUGAUGAAGAGAGAUAAGCAAGUGCUGCUCCACUGGGGAUAUUUUCCUGACAGCUAUGACACCUGGAUCUCAGCCAGUGAGAUUGAGGCUGCUGUGGAGGAUCCUCCCAGCCCAGAAAAGCCCAGGAAGGUACAUGCCAAGUGGAUUUUAGACCUGGACCAGUAUAAUGAGUGGAUGAAUGAAGAGGACUAUGAGGUGGGUGAGGGUUGCCCUAAGAGGAAGAGGAUCUCCGCCAAGACGCUGACAGAUGAGGUGACCACACCUGACGAGCGGAGGGACAAGAAGCCCGGCAGCGCCAAGAAGAGGAAGCGCUCGCCGUCGCCCUCCCCCACCCCUCCACCUCAGGAGAGCAAGAAGAAGAACACCAAGAAAGGGCCAACGACCCCGUACACCAAGUCUAAACGGGGCCAGAGGGAGGAGGAACAGGAGGAUCUUAGUAAGGACUUAGAUGAAGCGUCACCUGUUCCAGCACCUGAAGAGGGAAACCCAGCUAAGACAAAUAACACCAAGAAGGACUCUGAUUCAACUCCAGUCAAAGGAGGAACAGAUAUGGAUGAGCAAGAGGAUGAGUCCAUGGAAACAACGGGGAAGGAGGAGGAGGAAGGCUCUCCGAGUGUGAAGGGUGAACCAGUGAAAGGCUCAGACCUUCACGAGGACAAUGUGACUGAGCAAACUCACCACAUUAUCAUACCGAGCUACGCUGCCUGGUUUGACUACAACAGUGUUCACGCCAUUGAGCGCAGAGCUCUGCCAGAGUUUUUCAACGGAAAGAACAAAUCUAAAACCCCCGAGAUUUACCUGGCGUACAGGAACUUCAUGAUCGACACCUACCGACUGAACCCUCAGGAGUACCUGACCUCCACCGCCUGCCGCAGGAACCUGGCAGGAGAUGUGUGUGCAAUCAUGAGAGUUCACGCCUUCCUGGAGCAGUGGGGUCUGAUCAACUACCAGGUGGACUCUGAGAGCCGGCCCACACCCAUGGGUCCUCCACCCACCUCUCACUUCCAUGUCCUGGCAGACACUCCAUCCAGUCUGGUGCCCCUGCAGCCCAAGACAUCCCAGACCCAGCAGAUGAUGUCAUUCCCAGAUAAAGUGAAGGAUAAACCUGCAGAUCUGCAAAACUUCGGGCUGAGAACUGACAUGUACAGCAAGAAGACUGGCUCUGCAAAGAGCAAGAGUGCAGCGAGCUCCAUGAGGGAGUGGACAGAACAAGAAACACUACUACUACUUGAGGGCCUGGAGAUGUACAAGGACGACUGGAACAAAGUGUCAGAACAUGUUGGCAGCCGCACGCAGGAUGAGUGUAUCCUGCACUUCCUGCGGCUGCCCAUUGAAGACCCCUACUUGGAGGAUAGCUCCUCGUCCCUGGGACCACUGGCCUAUCAGCCCGUACCUUUCAGCCAAGCAGGAAACCCUGUCAUGAGCACGGUGGCCUUCCUCGCGUCUGUAGUCGACCCGCGUGUGGCCUCAGCGGCAGCCAAAUCUGCUUUGGAGGAGUUUUCUCGUAUGAAAGAGGAGGUUCCUGCAGCUCUGGUCGAGGCUCAUGUGCGGCGGGUGGAGGAGGCGGCGAGGGUCAGCGGCCGCCAGGACCCUCUGUACGGCCUGGAGGGCAGUGGCAUUGCAGGCACCGGCCUGGAGGAGGGAGACAGACCUGGUAGGUUGGACACACACACACACACACACACACACUUAUGCAUGUAUACAUGUGUACUGUACAUGCAAAACUGCAAGAGGCAGCGUCUGACUCGUCUUCUCUCUCGGCCUUUAGACGAAAGCACUGAUGAAAGCAAGAGUGACAGCCAAUCAGGUGAAGAGAAGAGAGAGGCCAAGGACAGCAAAGAUGGAGCGAUCGAGGAAGAGGAGAAGCAGGCAGAGAACGGGAAGAAGGAAGAAGAGAGAGGAAGAGAGCCCGAAGGGGAGAGGGAGGCCGACAAAACGGAGCCAGAGAUGGGCGAUGGGGAAAAGGAAAAGGAGGGUAAAGAGGGAACAGAGGAAGGACAAAGAGAAGGAGAGAGUGAGGGAGAAAGGAAGGCCAAGGUGGAGCGUGAUGUUGGAGAGGGGAACCUGGCCACUGCGGCCGCGUCUGCUCUCGCUGCUGCUGCUGUCAAAGCCAAGCACCUGGCUGCGGUGGAAGAGAGGAAGAUCAAAUCUCUUGUGGCUCUGCUGGUGGAAACCCAGAUGAAGAAGCUGGAGAUUAAACUGCGACACUUUGAAGAACUGGAAACCAUCAUGGACAGAGAGAGGGAGGCUUUGGAGUACCAGCGGCAGCAGCUGCUGGCUGACCGUCAGUCUUUCCACAUGGAGCAGUUGAAAUACGCAGAGAUGAGGGCUCGCCAGCAGCAUUUCCAGCAGAUUCAGCACCAGCAGCACAGCCAGGCCGGGGCCCCUCAUUCCAACCAGGCGGCCUCGGGCCCACCACCCCAGGGCCUGGCAGCAAGUCAGCAAGCUCCCAGCACACCAGCACCACAGCCGGCCGCCAGCCCCGCGCCUCCAGCCUCUUCUGCUCCUGAGUCCCAACCACCUCAGGGCGCUCACACCUCGCCCCCCUGCCCACCAAGCCAGGCCCCGGCUACCCACUCCAGCUCCAGCACUACACCUGGGCUUCAUGAGCCCACCGCCCCUCUCUCCGGGGACACAGUCCACCCCUCAGCUCCAGUCCCUCCCCCACAGUGAGACAUCAGCAAAUUGCCUGAGAAUCCGAAUGACUCUGACCACUUUGAAUCCUGCCUGUAUCAUCUGAAACGAAGAAGUCAUAAACCGAAGGAAGAGAACACAUUUUACAUUUUCAGCUUUUUUGUUUGUUUGUUGUUUUUUUCCAACAGGACAACUGAUGUGAGAAGGAAAAAUGUCUUAAUCAGACCACCUCUACUUUGACUGAGCUGUUGAGGAAAAAAAAAAUCCUUUUCUAAAUUGAAUCGGCCAAUGAAGAAAACCGAUAUUCAUACAGAAGCUGUUCAUCCUGUGUGGUCGAUUGGACAGCAACACUUCAUUAUUUUAAGCUUAACACCAGAGAUCUGGUAAACGAAGAGGGUCUUACCAACAUGCUGGCACUCGAGAAGAGGAGAAAAGACUCAUCUUGUGUUUUCAGUGUUUUGGAAAUUGUUGCAUUUAUUUUCCUGCAACACUUUAUCACAGCUUGUGACUUCUCAUGUUUCAUAAUCUCUCCAGAGUCCCCCCCCCCCCCCCCCCCCCCGUACUGUAGGUACUAAUUGAAAUAUGUUUAAGAAGAAAAAGAAAAUGCACUUUUAACAUGUUUCCCUAGGCCUCACUGAAAGACUUGAAGCAUCCAUGAAAUUGAACUUUAGCACUUAUAUCGUCCUUUUGUUGUCUUAAAUGCUUUUUCAUACCGAAGGUUUUGGAAACUUGAUUGGGAAUAUUACUUUUUCCUCUCUAUUUUUUAUUUGUAUUACAUGGACAACGGUCACUCUACAAGGUCUGGCCUGAAGGUCACAUGUCUAAAAACCAAUGUCUCUCUCCAGAGAAAAUUGUGAAAUGAAUGAAAAAUGUUCAAAUCAGAAGCCAGUUUGAAAUUACAUUACAUUUCUUUGGAUGCAGUUGGAGAUUAUGUACUGUUAACUGGAUUCUCUGUUACAAACACUUUUUAUUUUUUGCCCUGUAAUGGAAAAUAUGGGAACUCUUUGAAAGUACUGACAGUGUGAGGUCCUGAAAAGACCUCAUUUUACUCAUUUUAGUAAUGUCCCUUUUCCACUGCACUUAUCAGUGUAUCAGUGAGGCGCCUGAGUUUUGCAAAUCUUGAUGAACUCAGAUCAUCCAGGUUGUAGUUUUGUGAGGAAUGUAGUUUUAGUUUUUUUUUUUUUCCAAAAGAAGAAGACGUAUAAUAAUUCUAUCAACAACCACAUAUAUGUUUAUUCAUUAUUUGACUUUGUGUUAAUUGCUAAACCAAAAUGUUUUUAUAAUCAUGUUUAUCUCACAUUUAUUCCGUGGGUUUUAUUGUGGUUGCUCGGGAAAUGACGGGGAUGUUUGUUGUUUUUUUUUUUUUGUUUUUUUAGCAGCUUGUUUUUCGCUGGUGCAUUUCAAGUUACA